UCUAGAUCCCUUGUGAUAAAAGACUUUGAUUUGGCAUUUAGAGAGUGGAAAAGGAUGAAGUGUACUGUGGUAUUUCUUGUGCUGUCGAUGGUCAUCCUCAUGGCUGAACCUGGAGAGUGCAUUUGGGACGCAGUUUUCCAUGGAGCCAGACAUUUUCUUCAUCGGAUGAAGUGCACCAUGCUGUUCCUUGUGCUGUCGAUGGUUGUCCUCAUGGCUGAACCUGGGGAGGCCUUUAUUCACCAUAUUAUCGGUGGACUUUUUAGCGUUGGCGAACAUAUCCACAGACUCAUCCACGGACGAGGGAAUAAGGAACAGCAACAACAGCAGCAAGAGCAGCUAAGCCAACGCUCUUUCAACCGAAAACAGUUCGAACGGGAAAGGGCUGCUUUUAACUAG